AUGGCUGAGUCGCGAAAGAAGAAGUGUAGGUUAUGUGGUUUGGCAGAUGGGCAUACACUCAUCAAUUGCCCAAACAGAUGCGGCUUUUGCAGCGACUCUAUUACGCGAUGCCAAUGUCAAGAUUCUAGUCUAGUACGUGGAGUCAUGGACAGUGAAACUCCCAAGAAGAAGAGUGUGGACAAGACGCCGCGUACAAGUAAACGAAAUGCGGAAUCCGGUGAUCUGGACGAAUGGUAAGGCAUAAUGUUUAUUCGCUAAUUCAAGGUGAAACAAUCAAAACAAAUAUUUUGAAGCAAGCCACCUUCUGAUGAUGAUGAUUUAACGUCAAGUUUAUUUUAGAUUAUAACAGACUAAAGAAUAUAUACAUCGAAAAUAGAUCACAAACAAACAAACAAACAUGAAACAAAACUAAUCAGUUGCAUGGGAUAUCCGUUCAAACCGGCAUUUGUGAGUUAACUAGUUUGUUUCAUUUGUUUACAGUGUAGAGGAAACCAGUAAAGCCGCCCGCGGGAAGGGAGAGAAGACAAGUUCGACCAAAAAGUUUAAAGACAUGAAAAGUGACCUCGAAGCUGCCUGAGAACGGAUUCGGCGAUCCGACGAACUAUACAACAAGAUGGAGGCCGAGUAUCAAGCUACCAUAGCGGCAAUGCAAAAACGCAUUGAGGAGCUAGAAGGUACGAAAAAAAAAUUAUCACAAAUGUAUGUUUCCAUCGUUUUUUGCCAAUUUUGUGGACUCAAACGGGAAUCACCGCGAUUGUAGGAGAGAGAAACGCACAGAAAUUACCUAUGUUCUUCAGGCUAAUCUUAAUGAAAUUUUUUCUCAUGUCGAGGACAUUGAGUCGACAUUGAGUGAAGAAUGACGUGCAUUAAUAAUUCGCCCACUUAUUUGCAUCUCAUUGAAAAAGAAUGGCGAACAUUGAUAGGUACCUCAAUCUUUAAAACACACACGGACAAAUAUAAAUGACCAAGUAUUCGAGAAUUUUAUCUUACCCUGCUACACGUGUUAAUUAAUUUAAAACCACACCCACUCAACCUUUAUACCUGCACUGUAUAAUGAACAACAUAGGGAGCUCCCGAAGAUUUUAACACAAUUUCCGAUUGCUACAAUUUUUUCGGAGGAUCGUUUCCAAUCGUGUAGUAACUAUUUACAAUCGAUAUUUUGGAAAUGAUAAGGGUUAGGGAUUAUUUGAGGCGUGGCGUUGUAUAAAUCUAUUGUUGUAUGAAGCUUAAGUCAGUCCAGGGAUACGAUUGCAGUUAAAUUAGUAUAUGUUUUGGCUUUGUAGGGGCGACUUUUCAAGACGGAGACGUUGAGGACGAAUUGUGCGAAACCGAAGAGGAGGAGCCAAAGCCAAUGGAGCCAAAAAAAGACAAGUGCUCAAAAAAUUCUCUUACAAUGAGGCGCUUCUUUUGACUGGUCUAGUUCUCUUACACAACCGCCGCGAGUUCUUAUGUGAUAAGCUUUUUAAUUCCAUCCUGUCUAAUCCCUCGCACAAGCUCUAUAGCUUACUACCUCCCAAGAAUGAGUGCGAAGUCAAUUUAAGGAGUCAGCACUCUUUUACUACACGGCGCCUCCACACCUUUCGUACUCGAAAUAGUUUUAUCCAUCACUAUGUCCAUAAAGCAAUGAUGUAAUAUUGUUUUUCUCUUAAUUAUAUAUUUUUGUCUUUUUAAUUAGUUCUUCUUAGCCAUGUAUUUUUUGUAGUAUAUAUUUUAUUGUAAAUCAAACGUAAUUCAGCCUAUGGCUGCAAGGUUCUUGAUAAUAAACUAUCUAUCUAUCUAUCAAAUUCCCGAGGUUUGUUAGAAAUUUGACUGAACACAUUGCAUCCUUAACUAUACUAUCGUAGAUCGUCAAAGAUAACAAAAAAUCUAGCAGAAAAGUGACGUAGGCGAUGGGGACGAUAAAGUUAAUACGUCUCUUGCAAAUUUUCUGAAAAUUCUCCACGAACUAUUGCCGGACGACUUUUCUGAACUGCCCAAAAAAAAAUACGAGAAACUGUUUGUGAAAUGUGAUAAGGUUCAGUAACACUUUGGACUUUCUGACUUACUAUCGCGCUAUACCGCCGGAUUGUAAAAAGAGUAAGUAUACGACCACGGCUGCUAAUUCUAGAAGAAAAUGUACAUGAUAAUUUGACAAAUAUCUGCCAAACUUAUCCUUUCGAAUAGGUAAAGUUUCAAUAUUUCAUAAAUUGGGGAAACGAAUGGUAAUAAAUUCUGAAUAAGGAAUUUUUCUUUCUAAUAUUCUAGGA